CAUUCGCUCCCUGCUAUUCUUAGGAGCCGCUCAGGAGCUCCGCACAGCCUGGCCACAGCGACAGGGAGCAGAAGCGGCCGCCGUCUGAGCCAGCAUGUCCUACAGCGUGACCCUGACCGGGCCUGGGCCCUGGGGCUUCCGUCUGCAGGGAGGCAAGGACUUCAACAUGCCCCUCACCAUCUCCCGGAUCACGCCGGGCAGCAAGGCAGCCCAGUCCCAGCUCAGCCAGGGUGACCUCGUGGUGGCCAUCGACGGCGUCAACACAGACACUAUGACACACUUGGAGGCUCAGAACAAGAUCAAGUCGGCCACCUACAACCUGAGCCUCACCCUGCAGAAGUCGAAGCGCCCCAUUCCCAUCUCCACGACAGCACCCCCGAUCCAGUCCCCUCUGCCAGUGAUCCCCCAUCAGAAGGAGCCUGCUCUGGACACCAACGGUGGCCUGGCGGCACCCAGCCCCAGUCCCAGCCCCGAUGCAGGGGCCACCCCGGAGCUCAGGGGCACCGUUAGCGCCUCCUUCUCCCAGACCUCCGUCUUCUCACACACCGAGGCCUCCGAGCCCGGCCCUCCACAGGGUGGCCUGGGGGCCAAGGCCAGCCCAGAGGGCGCCCGGGACCCACUAGGCCCGAGAGCCCCGGGCUCGAGUCGGCCAAGGCAGUAUAACAACCCCAUCGGCCUGUACUCGGCAGAGACCCUGAGGGAGAUGGCCCAGAUGUAUCAGCGGGGCCUCCGCGGGAAGGCCCUGGGGGCCGGCCUCCCAGGAGGGAGCCUUCCUGUUAAGGACCUCACCGUGGACAGUGCCUCCCCCGUGUACCAGGCUGUGAUUAAAAACCAGAGCAAGCCGGAAGACGAGGCUGACGAGUGGGCCCGCCGGUCCUCCAACCUGCAGUCUCGCUCCUUCCGCAUCCUGGCCCAGAUGACGGGCACGGAGUUCAUGCAAGACCCUGAUGAAGAAGCCCUGCGAAGGUCAAGCACCCCUAUUGAGCAUGCUCCAGUGUGUACCAGCCAGGCUGCCGCCCCGCUGCCGCCCGCUUCUGCCUCCCCUGGUGCUGCCUCGCCACCGCUGGCCACAGCCACUGCCCAUGCUGCCACCGCCCCUGCCGCAGCUCCUGCCGCGAGUCCCGCCGACAGUGCAAGGCCCCAGGCUUCUGCAGUGGCUUCCUCUCCAGCACCCUCCACCCACCCCAGCUACAGCGAGAGCCCUGCAGCCCCUGCACCCAAGCCACGGGGUGUCACCACUGCCAGCAUCCGGCCUUCUGUCUACCAGCCAGUGCCUGCAUCUACCUACAGCCCAUCCCCAGGGGCCAAUUACAGCCCAACCCCUUACACCCCUUCUCCCGCCCCUGCCUACACCCCCUCUCCUGCCCCUGCCUACACCCCAUCUCCCGCGCCAGCCUACUCUCCCUCCCCGGCACCAGCCUACACCCCCUCGCCUGCCCCAAGCUAUAACCCUGCACCCACACCCUCGGCGGCCUACAGCGGGGGCCCUGCGGAGUCUGCAGGCCGUCCACCCUGGGUGACAGAUGACAACUUCUCUCAGAAGUUUGCCCCUGGCAAGAGCACCACCUCCAUCAGCAAGCAGACUCUGCUCCGGGGAUCCCCAGCCUACACCCCGGUGCCCCAGGUGUCCCCCCUCGCCAGGGGCACCGUCCAGAGGGCUGAGCGCUUCCCAGCCAGCAGCCGGACUCCACUCUGCGGCCACUGCAACAACAUCAUCAGGGGCCCCUUCCUGGUAGCCAUGGGCCGCUCUUGGCAUCCGGAAGAGUUCAACUGCGCCUACUGCAAGACCUCCCUGGCAGACGUGUGCUUCGUGGAGGAGCAGAACAACGUUUACUGCGAGCGCUGUUAUGAGCAGUUCUUUGCCCCGCUCUGUGCCAAGUGCAACACCAAGAUCAUGGGGGAAGUCAUGCAUGCCUUGAGACAGACGUGGCACACCACCUGCUUUGUCUGCGCCGCCUGCAAGAAGCCCUUCGGGAACAGCCUCUUCCACAUGGAAGACGGGGAGCCCUACUGCGAGAAAGACUAUGUCAACCUGUUCAGCACCAAGUGCCACGGCUGCGAUUUCCCCGUGGAGGCCGGUGACAAGUUUAUCGAAGCCCUGGGACAUACCUGGCACGACACCUGCUUCAUCUGCGCGGUGUGCCAUGUGAACCUGGAGGGGCAGCCGUUCUACUCAUAGAAGGACAGACCCCUGUGUAAGAAGCACGCGCACGCCAUCAACGUGUAGGGGCCCAGGCGGCGGCUGCAGCCGAGGAUUUGAAGAGGCGACGUUUGUUCUGGGGCCGGGGGCGCGAGGAAGCCGUGGAACCCUCCGGAGUGUACCUUUAGUCCCUUCCUCCACACACAUCACCUAUUGCGUAGUUCAGGCUAGAUCCAAGUGACGAUUCUAAACCAAGCUAGUCAGUCAUCCAAGACUCGGAUUGCACUGGAAGCGUUUAGGACAGAAUUCCAGGAACUUCGACGUGAAAAAUGAGACGUGACCUUCCCAAAGCGAGCCACUUGCCUGCGGCCACAGAGUGAGGCCCGGGCUGUGCGGGGCUCUGGCGAGCUCCCCUGCCAGGCCCAGGAUGAAAUGAAGUGCCAAACGGCACUGGCUGCGGGUAUUUUUAGAACCAUAGCCCGGAGCUUGUUAGCCAAGGCCCGAGGCCGACUGGGCUCUCCUCACCAAAAAAGGCAGUCUAGUCCCCGAGCGGCCCCACAGAGCUGCCUCUGCGCAUUGGGCUUCAGCCCCGAACAAACUUGCCAAGUCCUAAGGGGAGCCCGGAGGCCAAGGGGUGGCUCCCGGCAGCCUCUGGGCCAUCGAAGGGCUCCCAGAAGGGCUCUGGCUCCCGCCGCAUAGCCGAGGAAAGGUGGGCCCCAGCGACCUUCUUUCAGUUUGAAACCUCCGGUGUCCCUGGAAGGCUCGGCUCUCUGUUGAAUGGUGACAGGAAAGUGGAAUUGGGUUUUCCAGUUUUGCUUUGCAGUGUGUGAGGGGAGAGUGUCGGAAGACCCCUGGUUGUGUUUUCCUGGUUUUCCCUUGAGGGCCGUUAGCAUGAGUGUCUAUCCAAGCAUGUAUCUCACCCUGACCUGGGACGGCUCACGCAAGGUGUCUUCUUUGUCCCCUACUCCCCGAGCAGGCUCGUAGCCUAUGUAUGAGAAUGAGAAGGUGUUCGGAAACAGGAUGGCAGGAUAGGCUGACGGGCCCAGGCUCCGGUGGGGAAGAGCAGCCUUCCCUCCUGCCAACCUCAGCAGGAGAGCCUGAGCUGCAGCGCCUCUGAGCUGGCAGCACGUCCACUGCACACGCUCCUUCAUGCCAUGUCGGCUGUGUGCAUGGCAGUGGCUGCUGGAUGGAAGAGCUGGACCGAUGUGUACACCCCUGGCCGUCUUGGCCAGUACUGGGCAACUGCCUGAGCUGAGGUGGUCUAGCAACUAUUUAGGUAUUUAUUGCAAUAGACUUGGGCCUUCAGAGUUCUGAGGUUAGUGGUAGUUGGGGUUAGGUAAGCGUUUUAAAGCUGUUGGUGCUAACAGAGCAGCUCCAUGUCUGCGGGGGAAAUGCCAGAGUUCUUCCUCGCAGGGUCCCUCUUGUUCCGCUUAUAGAGGAUGGCAUGGAAGCAGGCGGUUCUCGGGGGCAUUUCUCACCUGAGCAUGAUAUUGAGGUGCUCUUCCGCCCACUGCUACUCUUGCCUCGCUCUUGUACUGUUGAAAUACUUAAUGGACAUCAUUAGAGCUCCUUUUCUCCUGAGAACUGAGGCUUCCGUGGGACUAGCCACCAUCCUACCUAAGUGUCCCUCUGUCCUGGCGGGAAGGAAGCAGUAGCUAUGUCCCUUGUAGGAAGCCCAUAUUUUUUCCAUGGCUGUCAGUCUCCCUUCGGGAGCACCAGGGAAGGGCCUUCUUUACGUUGUUGCAGUGAGAAAGUCAGUCCAAAGCACCAGGCAGAAUAAAAUCUUCUGGGACUGCCUGGAGAUUUUUUUCAGAAGUUGCAAACAAGUACCUUGGAGAAUUCUGUCACUUUCAGAAAGUUCAAAAAUACAGGGUCAAGGGAGUUGCUACCUGUACAGGAAGGCAAGUGGGCUUUCUCCAAAACAAUCUAUGAAUUCAUCAGAUCUUGAGGAAAGAAGAAAAAGUAACCUGGAGUUAAAUCUCCUAAAUCUCUUUUUAAAGGUUUUAUACACACACACCUAUACACGUGACCAUUAAAAAGACUAUGAGCAUGAAGAAGAAAAGUGAAAUAGCUUAAAGUAUAGCUUCACCGUAGUCCUUUAUUGAACCCAGUUCUCCCAUGGCUCAGAGAAGUGUGGAUUCUGAGAGAUCAUUGUAUAUACCAAAGGAAACAACAGCAACAACAAAUAAAAGACCAAGCCAAACAAAAGCAUUUUAAAGCUAGCGAGAAAAGGAAGCAGUUUCCAUGGGGUGGGCCCAGCGUCUGUCCACCUGGCGCACGCCAGGACUGGUUGUGUCUGGCUCACGUUAGCAUCAAGGACGUCCCGUGACACCAGGCCAGGCUGUCCUAGUCCACCGUGGGGACUACAUUCUGGCCACGCUCUGCCCCCUCCUCGCUGAGUACUGACUUCGUGCGAUGAGUAACUUUACUUGCAGUGCCUGUGCUAGGAAUCCAGCUCUCAUAGUGCCGGCCUUCCGAUCCAGUCCUCCAGCUUUGGGAGUUCUUUUUCUUUCUUUGGUAAGAUUUCAGAAGCGGAAUGCAGCGUGUUAGAGGUGUGUAGGAAAAUGUUCUGCAUGGUUUUUCUUUUCUCUUUUUUUGGCCUGUGUGAAUUCUACUUUUAGCAAAAUAAAAAACCCCCAAAAUGAUGUGCAAGUACAGAUUUUUCUGUGUCAACUUUCCUCACGUGACAUCAAAAGUAGCUUAUUCCAUAUGGCCAUGAGUAAAAAUUGGGGAACACCCAAUAGAGAACACUCAAAGGAGAAGACAACUCAUUGGCCAUGUCGUGCAACAGCCGUUGAAUCACUUUGUUUAAACAGAGAUGCCUGAGGCCAGCAGGUGGCAUAGUGGUUAAGGUACUGGACUCCCACAUGGCC